CCCGUAUCCACUUCCCAGAAUCCCGUGUAUAAUUCCCCACCGAAACUCUCCCAGUAGCUGCAACAAAAGUCGCCCCCAAAUUCCAUUCCAAUAAGGCGGCAAAGCCAAAACCCAACUUCUCUCUCUCUCGAAAGAUAUUUAAUGGCGGCUCUGUUAUGUAUUCGCCCCUUUCUUCUUUCCAGAUUUCUUAGGUUAUAGACUGACCUGAAGAAGAGGCGGUUGUUUGGGAAUGGAAGAGCCGGGGCAGCUGAAACGGGCGCUGACGGACGCUACAGCGGGGGCCAUUGCCGGCGGUAUAUCACGGACAGUCACGGCGCCGCUUGAUGUGAUUAAGAUCAGAUUCCAGGUUCAACUCGAGCCCACAUCUUCUUGGGCUUUGCUUCGGAACAAUAUGUCUGGAACAUCAAAAUACACUGGAAUGUUUCAAGCAACAAAGGAUAUAUUCAGGGAGGAAGGCUUACCGGGUUUUUGGCGUGGAAAUGUCCCAGCUUUACUGAUGGUUAUGCCAUAUACUGCCAUACAAUUUACCGUGUUACACAAGUUUAAAACAUUUGCUGCUGGUUCUUCCAAGACAGAGGAUCACAUUCAAUUGAGUCCUUAUCUGUCCUAUGUCAGUGGGGCGUUAGCAGGGUGUGCAGCUACUGUUGGAUCAUAUCCCUUUGAUCUUAUACGAACCAUAUUAGCUUCGCAAGGUGAACCAAAGGUGUAUCCAACCAUGAGGUCUGCGCUUGUUGAUAUAAUUAGAACUCGUGGCUUCCGAGGGUUGUAUGCUGGAUUGUCACCAACCCUGGUUGAGAUUGUUCCUUAUGCUGGUCUACAAUUUGGCACCUAUGAUACCUUUAAGCGCUGGGCUAUGGCCUGGAACAGCUCUAGAUCUUCUAACUCAAGCUCAGGUGAUACUGAAGAUGGAAUUUCAAGCUUUCAGCUUUUCAUCUGUGGGUUGGCGGCUGGGACAUGUGCCAAGCUUGUCUGCCAUCCACUUGAUGUGGUCAAGAAAAGAUUCCAGAUCGAAGGACUACAACGGCACCCAAGGUAUGGUGCUCGAGUUGAGCAUCGUGCUUAUAAAAAUAUGUUUCAUGCCGUACGCCAAAUCUUGCAGUUGGAGGGUUGGGCUGGUCUUUAUAAGGGCAUCGUGCCAUCCACAGUCAAAGCUGCACCAGCUGGUGCUGUAACAUUUGUAGCUUAUGAAUACACAUCAGACUGGUUAGAGUCCCAUUUUUUGACUUGAAACUAACCUGAUUUUUUUUUUCCCCUUUCAUCCAAUUUUUUUUUUUCCCAA